AGCUGCGCGGCCUGGGGGCGGUCUUGGUGCGCUGCGCCCGUGGCUACCUGGCUCUAGUGGCCGCGUGCUACGAGGAGGCUGGAGCCACGUAAGGAAGAUGGAAUUGGCGACUCGCUCCCAGAUCCCUAAAGAAGUGGCUGACAUCUUUAACGCCCCCAGUGAUGAUGAAGAGUUCKUUGGUUUCCGAGAUGAUGUUCCCAUGGAAACUCUGUCAUCAGAGGAGAGCUGUGAUAGUUUUGACUCUCUGGAGCCUGGGAAGCAGCAGGAUGUUCGUUUCCAUUCCAAAUACUUCACAGAAGAGCUAAGAAGAAUUUUUAUAGAGGACACUGACUCAGAGAAUGAAGACUUCGAAGGAUUUACCCAGAAUGAUCUGAACGUAAACAGUAACCCAGAAGUAAUGCUCGUGGAGUCAGAUUCAAGUGAUGACGGCAAAGCAUCCUUGGUGAGUGAGAAAGAAGAAGAGGAAGAGGAAGAAAAGGCUACACCUAGAAGAGGCAGGUCUCGGAGAAGCAGUAUUGGCCUACGAGUAGCCUUGCAGUUCCCAACCAAGAAAUUGGCAAAAACAUCAGAUAAAAAUAGUUCUUCCGAGCUGUUGUUUUCCAGCUCACAUUUACAGGAUAGUAAAAAAAAUCUAGGAAGAAAUAAAAGCUGUAAACAGGCAAAGGAAACGGAAGAUUCUGCCUCUGAGUCUGAGGAUGACUCCCGGGACGAGAACCAGGAGAGCUCAGAUGCUCUGCUGAAGAGGACCAUGAACAUCAAGGAGAACAAGGCCAUGCUUGCUCAGUUAUUGGCAGAAUUGAACUCAAUGCCAGGUUUAUUCCCAGUACGAACGCCAGCCUCAGCUUCGAAGAAGAAAACAGUGCGUCGGGCCUUCUCAGAGGGACAGAUCAUCCGGCGCACAAACCCAACCCGAAGUGCGCGGCCCCCAGAGAAGUUUGCUCUAGAAAACUUUACCAUCUCUGCCACCAAAUUUGCUGAAGAGUUUUAUACAAUCAGAAGGAGGAAGACGACUAGUGGGGGGAAAUCCCAGGGGCAUAGACGACGUCGCCGUAUAUCUUCUUUUCGACCAGUGGAGGAUAUUACUGAACAGGACUUGGACAAUGUUGCCAUAACUGUGCGAGAUAAAAUCUAUGAYAAAGUUUUGGGUAACACGUGCCAUCAGUGUCGGCAGAAGACCAUUGACACCAAGACAGUGUGUCGGAACCAGAGCUGUGGUGGGGUGCGGGGACAGUUCUGUGGUCCGUGCCUGCGGAAUCGCUAUGGGGAGGACGUGAGAUCGGCAUUGCUGGACCCGGAUUGGAUGUGUCCUCCCUGCCGUGGGAUCUGCAAUUGCAGUUAUUGUCGAAAGCGUGAUGGCCGCUGUGCCACGGGGAUCCUCAUUCAUCUGGCCAAGUUUUAUGGUUAUGAUAAUGUUAAGGAAUAUCUGGAGAGCUUACAAAAGCAGCUGGUGGAAGACAAUUGAGAGGAACCUGCGAAGUCAGCAUGGGGUACCCCCAACAAGAAGUGCAUACCAUUUG